GAUAAGACAUGCUGCACAAUAUAGGACAGGGAAAGACACAACACCGUAGGGCAAAUCGUACAACACCCCUCUAGUAAAGCAAACAUAUAGCACCAUUCAGGUUAGGGAAUGAACUGGCAGUACGUCAGUCAAUACAAAUCACCAUUAAGGUCAGGUCGAACAUACCGCAUUUUUUCAAGUCAGGGAAGCAUGUAGCACUAUUAAUGUGAGACAAAAAAUAGGCAUCAUUCAGGUGAAGCAAAACAUAAACAAUAUUCAGUUCAUCUUAAACAUACAGCUCCAUUCAGGUCAGGGAAAACCUAAGCAAAAUUCAGUAAUUUAAGUGAAACAUACAGCUCCAUUCAGUUCAGGGAUACAUAAAGCAACAUUAAGUUCAGUGAAACAAACACCUCCAUGAAGUUCAGUGAAACAUAAAGCAUAUUCAGUUCAGGGAAACAUAAAGCAACAUUCAGUUCAGUGAAAUAUAAAGCAACAUACGGGUCAGACAAACAGAGAGCAACAAACGGUCCAGGGAAACAUAAAACAAAAUUCAGGUCAGUCAAACUUUCAGAAACAUUCAGAUCAGUGUAACAUAAAGCAACAUAAAGAUCAUAGAUACAGACAGCAAUAUUCAGUUCAGGGAAAUAUGAAGCAACAUUCAGGUAAGGAAAACAUAAAGAUACAUCAAGGUCAGUUAAACAUAAAGCAACCUUCAGUUCAGGGAAACAUAAAGCAACAUUCAGUUUAGAGAACCAUAAAGCACCAUUUAGUUUAGGGAAACAUUCAGUACAAUUGAAGUCAGAAAAAAAGAAAGAUCAUUAGUCAGGUCAGGGAAACAUAGUAACAUCACAAUUCAGGUCAAGGUACUAACACAAUAAUAUUUGAAAUUCCCCGUCAUAGGUGGAGGGGGAUUUCAGGAAUGCCCUUUGUCCGUUUAUCCGUCAGACUAUUAGUUUAUUCGCAACACUUUCUUGACCGCUCCGUAUAUAUUAUACCCUUUGACGGAUGUUUACGGAUGUUUGAGAAACGGUCAUAAACUAUGUUUGUCGGACAUUAAUUUUCGAAAUGUUCUUUGGUCCAUAUGCGACUCAUGUUUAUGUCGACUGUCUUAUAACCGAUAUAUAUCCCAGAAGUUGUGACGUCAGACUUAAGGGAGAUCAGACAGAUUGAUAUAUCGGUAAUGCUUAACUCUUCUAAAUAACAUCUAUAUUUCUCAACACAAUGAUGACUUUACAAAGCUUACUGAGAAGAUAAAUGAAUUAACUCUUGAACUUACUCGACAAAAACAAUUCAAUGAAGACAAUUUUGAGCGAUUGCAGAAUGCGUAUAAAGAAGAACUCCACAAAAUCACCACUUUACGCAAAACAGUCAAUGAAACUUUAGAUUCGAUGGAAAAGAGAACAAUUGAAACACUAAACAGCUUGCUGGACCAACUGAAGGCUCCACUCCAAGAUGAUAUUGAUAAAUGCAUCGAUGCACUUUCCAGGAUGAAAAAAAUUCAUGAUGAAAUGAAGAACAUUGAAAACAAUACAAAGGUAUUGACAUUGAUACUUUACAGAAAAUGUUUAGAAAAAUCAUCUGCUAUUGAAUCAGAGAAGCCCCGAAUGGUUUCCAACAGAAUACCAACAAUAAAAUUAAUUCCUGAUCCAUUUAUUGAGCGCACUCUCUCUCUGUCAUCUUUUGGGAAGUUUAUAUAUCCAAAUGAAAUUAUAAAAGUAACAGGUAAAACAAAGCAUAAUAUAAAACGAUGGGGGGACUUUUACACAUGCAUGAUAUCAGAUAUUUGUGAGACAGACAAUGGCAAACUACUUAUUAUAGACAGAAAAAACGAGGCAGCAAAGUUGUUGGAUAAAGAUUUCAAGGUGGCGAGCUUCAAUUUCUUGCCUCACAAACCAAUGUUCAUGUGCAGCAUUGCCCCCAGUCUGUUUGCUGUUACGUUGGACAAUAGUGAGGUUGUCUUCAUAAUAGUGGCCAAAAAUGGUCAAAUGGUACAGGACAGGACACUGAAGCUGCAACACAACUGCCUAGGAAUAGCCCAUUACCAGGGAAACUUGUAUAUCACAUCAGGCACGGCAUUGUACCAUUACACUGUACGUGGGAGACUGGUGAGCAAGAUUUACCAAGAUAAGUCAAGUGACACAACAGUUGAAUCAUGUGCUAUCAGCCAAGAUGGGACCUCGUUAUAUGUUUCCAAUUCGAUGAAACUGGUAACCCUGUUAAGAGAUGGCACAGUGAUAAAUGUAAUACAUACACCUGAUAUAAGACUUAACACAAAUGUUCCACCCAGUCUUCAUUGUUCUGGUCUACGCGUGACAGACUCAGGGCAAGUGCUGGUAUGUAGAGGCCAACACACCAUAUUCCAGGUGGAUGGAGAUGGGAGACAGAAACUAGUAGAGCUCGUCACAGAGAAGGAUGGUGUAAAAUGGCCAACAGCUGUCUACUACAGUAAAACAAGAGCUUCACUUAUUGUGGGAAUGGUUGACAGUGAUUUUAUUUGGGUAUUCAAAACUUGAAGUUAAGAUUGCAGAGAAAGUUAUGCAUUGCCUUCAUUUUUGAGAAACCGGUAAAUUUUGUUAAAAUGCGCGUGAACAAAUCAUCACUGAUUGUCGUGUAAGACAAUGUUGUAUAUUUGUUUAUCAUAUCUCAUGUUUUAAAUGUCUUGAUAUUGUUAUGUACCCUAAUAUGUGUAAGUAUUUUAAUCUUUUCAAGCAUUAAUGAACAAUAGUAUUUACUGUUGAAAAUGUAUGGUUUGUUGUAUAUUUGGUCAGCUUUAUUCUCGAAUGUAUGUGUUUAACUAAUUGAUAAUGUUUGUUCCAAGUUCUAUUUAAGUUAUCAGUAAUCAUUCACCAUUUAUUGUGUUUGUAGUUUUCUAGGUAAGUACUUCUCAGUUAAGACAGUUUUCUAUUUAUUGGGUUCCUAAAACGUAUGUUUACAUAAAUAUUGUAUUGCAUUAUGUAGAUACUUUUAAAAGCAAAAAGGAAUUUAAUAUGCAAACAUUAUUCUCGGUUAAUCAUUAUUCAACAAUUUUCCCUUCUUCACAAUUUAUGUUUUGAUUUUCUAUAAAGGAUGUUAAAAUUAAAAUAUCACACUCUUUUGGAGAGGGGAAUUUUUAUCAUUGUAUGCUUUUUAACGGUUUGUGGACAUAUAUGUAUCAGGCAUGAUCCCAAUUUCUGACACAUCAUUCCUUCAAUAUUUUUGCGUUCAAAUUAUAUUGUUCUCAUAUUUGAUUUGUAUAUUAAUUUCAACAUAAAAUUACUUCUGGUAGAAUCUACAUUAUUUUUCUGUCUCACAGUCUGUUCCAAUCAUGAAUAUAAGUAUAACUGUAUUAAAUGUUUAAUUGGCUAGAAAA